CACACCAUGCGGUCUAUUUGUUACUAGGAUCUCACCGGUCUUUUGAUCGUUCUAGUGGAACGAUGCACUGUGUCGGACGAUGAGAUUCCGAAUCAUCCCCUGGCCAUUGUAUCUCUCGAGUGAUUCUUCACAUAUUAUCUUCACAUAUCCAUUGCUUGCUACGUCUUGCUAGUACGCGAACCUACUGGUGAAAUCCAAAUAGCGUAUGUCCAUACCAGCAGCGCCCCUUCGGAACCAUCAAUUGAGCCAAACAACUCGAAAGCUUUAACGGUGGUGAAAGAUGUCAGAAUACAAAAUGUCCUACGAAGCGGAGCUGGAUUCCUACCAGCUCUACCACCGAUACGAACAACCCCGAUCACAGGGUAAAGAUUGGAAACAGGCAGCUCUGCGAGGUCCCGCCCUGCCGACGCUGGGCAACGCCCUGGCAGGAGCUAUUGGGGCCGCGUUGUCGAAUGUGGCGACAUACCCCUUGAGUCUGAUUGUUGCGCGGCUGCAGACGCAGUCUACCCAGACCUCUAAUAAGGGGAAAGCCCACAGAUCACAAGAGAGGAGUGAGGGGGGAGAAGGAGAUACUGGCGAUAAGUAUGCCGGCGUGCUGGACGCCGCGCGCAAGAUUUACACGCAGGAAGGCCUCGGGAGCUUCUAUACCGGCCUCGCGCAGGAUACCGCAAAGUCAGUGCUCGACUCAUUUCUGUUCUUCCUUGCAUAUGAGCACCUGCGGCAGCGCAGGAUUCGGGCUCGCUUUGCGGGGCGGAGGACGAAACAUACGGUCUUGCCGGUGCUUGAUGAGCUAGUGAUUGGGGUGAUCGCCGGGGCGUUUGCGAAGCUGUUCACGACCCCGCUGGCAAAUAUCGUGGCACGGAAGCAGACAGGCAGGAAAAUGUCAGCAGAUGCAUCGACAAGGGAGAUUGCGGCGCGGAUCCUCGCUGAGAAAGGCUUGCGUGGGUUCUGGUCGGGGUACUCAGCUUCGCUGAUCUUGACGCUCAACCCGUCGCUGACGUUCUUCUUGAACGAGGUGCUGAAUUAUGCGCUCCUGACGCGGCGGCAGGAUCGGACAAGGCAGAAGAAGCCCUCGCCUUUGGUGACCUUUCUGCUCGCUGCCGUCAGCAAAUCGAUGGCGUCGGCGGUGACGUAUCCGUUCUCCAAAGCCAAGACCCGCGCGCAGGUCAUGGGGGAUGAUUUCAUGUCAAAAGCCACGGCAGAUGAGCCCAAGAAUAGUGAUAACGGCGAGACUGAUGAGGGAAUGUCGUUUACGCCGGCGAUCGUCAGCAAUGUCAUCAAUAUUGCUCGCACGGAAGGCGUCGCAGGUCUCUACGCGGGCCUGCCCGCUGAGGUCCUCAAGGGGUUCUUCUCGCACGGUUUUACCAUGCUGGCCAAGGAUGCAGUCUACUCGGCCAUCGUCCAGAGCUACUACCUGCUCUUGAUUGCGCUACGGAAAUAUCCCAGCCCCGAGGAGCUGAUUCAGCGCGCCCGGGAACAGGCGGAAGAGUAUGCCGACGUCGCUCGAGAGGGCGCUCGCGAACUGGCGGAGAAGACCAAGAAUAGCGCAGAGGGGGUGAUGCACACUCUGACAGUGCAGGGAGAACCCGAGGAGGCCAAUCUGCUGGGCAACAACGAGACGGCGGAGAUGGUAGGGGAUUAUGUGGAUGAUGACGAUACUUCCUCUCUUUUUUUAACGCUUCCCAUGUCGAAUGCAUCCAUCCCAGGUCCAGGCCUGGGCGACCUCGAGAAAGAAUUAACUUGCUCGAUUUGUACAGACCUCCUCUACCAACCCCUCACUCUCCUCAACUGCCUCCACACCUUUUGCGGCUCGUGUCUCAAAGAGUGGUUCGCCGUGCAAGGAACCCGUUCCCGACCGUCUUCGUCUGCCCGCUUCACCUGCCCAUCAUGUCGUGCGGCCGUGCGCGACACCCGUCCCAAUGCCACUGUGACCACAUUACUCGAUAUGGUCUUGACAGCCAGUCCCGAUCGGGACAAAUCGGCCGCAGAGAAAGAGGAGAUCGCCCAUAGAUAUAAGCCGGGCGACUCGGUAUUUCCACCACAAGAAGACCAGGGUUCAGAUGAAGAAGACCGACGGGUACUGGAGGAAGUAAGGGCUUUAAGCCUGCAAGACACCCGGUCGAGACAUCGCCAGCAACAACAGCGAUCGAGGCAUUCGUCGCGGAGUCGUUAUCGGCGGGUGGAGGGUACGGAUGCGGAUUCGGAUGCGCGCAGAAGGGAGGAGGAUGGACGGUCUCGGCGACGACGCGAGGCUUCUUCUUCAUCGCGACGACAGCAGCGGCGAGCGGCUGGGGAGGGCAGCUCGGAGCGGUCGACACGACGGGUGGAGCAUCAGUCGAGUUUGAGAUCGUUGCUGAGUUUAUCGGACACGGAGACGAUGCAAGAGGAGAUAUUACGACAGAUCUUCGAGGAAGGAUUGUUAGACGAUAUUGAUCUGGAUAAUAUGGGUCCGUCGCAGGAGGAAGAGCUCAGUGAGCGCAUCGCGGAGGCAUACCGUCGACGGCACAGGCUACGAGCACGGUCCCAGCAGCGGCGACAGGAGCCUCCAGAGAAUCCGCAAACACCGUCUUCUCGACCCCGCGCGCGCUCCCAAUCUGUGCAGCGGACGGACAAUGGUACAGCGACUGCUGCUACGAGAGACACAAGAGAGUCGAAUGGGGGUCCUCCGCUGUCGAGACCAUAUCUUCUGGAUCCGCUUGUCGCGCGUGAUGGAACCUCUGGCCACCAAAGGCGCCUGUCAGAUCAGGGUGGUAGUAGAAGCCGUCGAAGGACGUCGCCUGUACCUGUCGCCGCGGCGUCUGCUUCAGAAGUCUCGCUGCGGCCGGCAGCGCGGUCUUCUACUGACGUGGCUGCUGAUCGACCGCGGAAUUCGGAAGCCGCGCGCGCAAGGACAUCGGAAUCGUCGACAUCGUCUCGGUUACGCCGCGCCACGGCAUCCGAACAGAACGUCCCAAACAUCUGGAUUGAGGGAGCAAGAGAAAGGCAGCUUCGUUCGUCUUCUGGAAGGUCGUCAAUCGAUUCUCCUCGGGUGGCUUCAGCUUUGAAUCAUCGGGGACGCGAUGGAUCUUGGCCGACCAGUCCGGAUGAGCCAUCUACAGUACCACCUCCAACAAGCUCUUUGGUGGCUGAGGUAGGGGGCGCGGCUAGGCAGGAAUCUCGUUCACGACCAUCAUCCUCCCGGUCAAAUGUGCCUCCUCGAUCUGCGACACUAUAUGCGGAACCGUCGAUCAAGUGUGACCGGUGUGAUAAGCCCAACAUUCAGUAUGGUUUGCAUAAAAGAUGUUCCACCUGCAGGGAAGGAAACUUUCAUCUAUGUCUGCGAUGUUAUCGCACCGGCCGCGGUUGUCUAGACUGGGCAGGCUUCGGAGCCUCUGCAGAAGCAGACCUGGAAGGUAUUCGUGCAUCAUCAUCGACCGGCGGAUUUCGAGCCCCAAACGAGCCAUUGCAUAUACUUCAGUCUUGCAAAUAUCUUCAAGCACCGGAAACAGCCUAUCGAUUCAACAGAGAUGGAGGGAUGGUCACCAGUGACGACCCCGCCCGAAGAUUGCAAACUGGGCUGUUCUGUGAUAGCUGUCAGUCUACAGCAAACGACUGUCUCUGGAAAUGUAGCCAAUGCAACGAGGGAGACUGGGGCUUUUGUAACCGGUGCGUUAAUCAAGGCCGCUGCUGCACACAUGCUCUUCUUCCUAUUUGUCGUAUUACUCGCGACAGCCCAUUAGCUUCGCCCACGCGGGCUUACACAAAUGUACCAAAUGGCACCCCGAAUGACUGCAGUGUCGCCUCCGCGUUAGAGACUGAAUCCUAUAAGACUCUUUCUUUCACCACGAAUUGUGACAUCUGCACGCAUCCUAUCCCCGCCUCAACGCUCCGCUUUCACUGUCUCGUAUGCAAUGACGGCGAUUACGAUAUCUGCGCGAAUUGCUACCUCCGUCUAGUUGCCAUAGGCAAGAUACGCAAGGAGAAUGGCCACAAUGGCUGGAGGCGCUGCAUCAAAGGCCACCGCAUGAUUGUGGUCGGCUUUGACGAGCAUGAAGAGGGACAGCGCCGCGUGAUCGUUCGGGAUCUGGUAGGUGGACGUGCCUUGAAGGACGACCACUUUCAACAGGCUCUUUCUUCUUCUUCUCCGUUCAGCAUCUCCACCGCAGCCAGUGCGACCGCUAUCUUCAACAAUACAGACUCUACUCCUGGAAGUCCAAUCUCACCCACAGGGCCGGGGAUAGCCUCGCCUGAGUUCGCACCUGGCGACUGGCUGUGGAAGGAGGGCUCAGAACGUCGCAAGAAGGCUUCUCGUCUGCGCCCGUGGCCUCUGAGCGGCGAUCGUGAUCGCACCGCUGUCAUCAAUUCUUCUUCUUCUGAACCUAGUACUCCCAAUACGCCAAUUUUCGCUCCGGCGGCAGCGCCGUCCGUGACUUCAUCCUCAAGACGCUACCCUCCAGAUGGCGGCGUCGGCCUCGUCGCUCAUGCCCUGUGGUCGUGGUAUCCUGAAGACGGCGUCAAAGAUGAGCUCAUGUUCCCUCGUGGCGCGGAAAUUACGGAAGCGGAGAACAUCAACGACGACUGGUACUGGGGGUGUUAUGCCGGUUUGACGGGGUUAUUUCCAGGCUCACAUGUCGAGGUGGUGGGUGAGAUCAUAUAAGGGAUGGGUGCCAUUGUACCGGCUGGUGCAGAUGAGCAGCGAUUUGGGCUUUGCACAUUACGUGGUCCUAUCUCACUUAAAACUCCCUUCUGUUUCUUUCUCCUUGGAUGCUUUAAGAUGCUUUCUUGUCGGCUGCUCAUACUUGACCUGAGUCCGGCACCGAUCAUCUUUUAAUAAUGUGCAUGAAUGAUGUAGCAUAUGAUGAUGAUCAUGAUGAUUAUGAUUAUGACUUUUUUCUCUUGUCAAGGCGAUCUUACUUCUCG